AUGUCAAACACACAACCACAGUGUGCUUGCUCAGCCUUCUUUGAAACAGAAUUAAAUCUACUCGAGCAUUUGGAAGAAUAUCGUUCCCGCGAACAGCGCCUACAAGCCGAACUCGAGCGGUGUCGAGCCCAUUCGAGGCCCAAUGGUGAUGACUGUCGAGGGAAGGACGACAACGACCAAGGCGAGAGCGACGAUGACCAACAUAUUUAUGACAAAGAUGCCGGAAAUCCUAUGAGCACUAUAAGGAAGACUGGAGCUUCCAAAGGGCGUUUCUGUCCAUCCUGUGAACGUGCGAAGCCAUUUCCGAAAAUGCAGGGACUCCGGCGGCACUUCCAACAACGCAAGUGGUGUCCUCUCUGA